GACACUGGUAGCUUAGCCGCGUCUGCUGCAUUGCGCAUUGCUCAGCUCAGUGGACGCUCAAAGCAGAGAGCAGAGCACGCCAUCCUACCUUCUCUCCUUUCCUUGCUAGAGUAGAGUGAGCAUAUAUAAAAGUGCAGCACUGCGCAGUAGAGUACUCCACUCCACAGCUCCAUCUACUCAAGCUACAAGCGGAUCCAUCCAUCUCAGUGAGGGAGCAUAUAUAUAUAUAUAGCCAGCCCGCUGCGCCUGCGGUGCAGAGUGCAGAGUGGAGCGGGGUGUGGGGGUAGUAUUUGAAAGUAGCGAGAAGAGGAGAGGCUGACCCAGCUGGUUGGAAGCGAAGGGAAGCCAAGAGAGGGAGGGGGAGAAGAUGCUGGCCUGCAUCGCGUGCGUCAACAAGGAAGAAGGCGGCGGCCGGGAGCGGGAGCGGGACGGCGCCGGCGGCGACAGAGACGGAGAUACCCCGACAUGCAGGGACCCCGUCAAGUCGCUCACCUCCCAGCUCAAGGACAUGGUGCUGAAGCUGUCGGGCACGCAGAGGCAGGGGGUGCCCAAGCGCGGGGGCUCGCCGCCGCCGAGGGGCCGGACGACGUCCCUGUACCGGAGCGGCUACUACCGGCCGGGCGUGGUGCAGGACGACAUGGCGGUGCCGCCGGCCACGUACCUGGGCCACGGCGCCGGGGGCGGGGGCGGCACGGCGGCGUCGAGCGCGAACUCCACGCCGGCGUGGGAGCGGCCGCCCAACGGAGGCCAGGGCGGCGGGGGCGAGGCGGCGGUGCGGGAGUGGGUGGCGCAGGUGGAGCCCGGGGUGCAGAUCACGUUCGUGUCGCUGGCGGGCGGCGCCGGCAACGACCUGAAGCGCAUCCGGUUCAGCCGGGAGAUGUACGACAAGUGGCAGGCGCAGCGGUGGUGGGGCGACAACAACGAGCGCAUCAUGGAGCUCUACAACGUCCGCCGCUUCACCCGCCAGGUGCUCCCCGACCCGCCCCGCGGCGACGACGACGGCGAGAGGGAGUCGUUCUACUCGCAGUCGCAGGUGGGCUCGACGAUGGGCAGCCCGGCGGCGACGCCGGAGAGCAUCGCGUGGGGCGCGGCCUUCGCCCGCGCGCAGCCCUCCGCAGCGGCCGCCGGCCCAGGCGGCGCCGGCGCCGGCGCGGCACGGCAGCACAGCUUCCGCGGGCCGCUGUCCCCGCCGCCGCCGUCGUCGUCCAACCCGUCGGAGCGCGCCUGGCAGCAGCAGCAGCAACACCAGCAGCGCCCGAACGGCGGUCCGGAACCCGACCUCCCGGAGCCGGCGCGGACGACCACCUCGUCCAUGCCGGACGACGUGUCCAUCAGCAACGCCAGCGAGCUGGAGGUGACGGAGUGGGUGAUCCAGGACGAGCCCGGCGUGUACAUCACCGUCCGCGAGCUCGCCGACGGCGCCCGCGAGCUCCGCCGCGUCCGCUUCAGCCGUGAGAAAUUUGCGGAGCUGAACGCCAAGCUGUGGUGGGAGGAGAACAAGGAGAGGAUACACGCGCAGUACCUCUGAUCUAGUCCGAAUCUCCAUUGGUAAAACUUAAAACUGGGAUACUUUCACUCUGAAGCUUCAAGCUUUGUGCUUCCUCUCCUUGUGGUGCUGCUGCUGCUUAAUUACAAGUAAAUAUAGAGUUUAAUUUGUGUUUGGGGUUGGAGCUGGGAAAGAGAGAGAGAGAGGGAUAGGAGGGGGAGAGGGGAAAGAGAAAUGUUUAUUUAGUAGGGUUUAAUUAGGGCCCAGCCCAGGUGAUCCUGUGACUCUCACUGCAUCCAUGCAGGUGUACCAUGUUCACUGUCACAAUGCUUGACUUGAGUAUGUUUAAUCCUCAUUUUCUAUGCAUGCAAGACAUCUUACUAUUUUA